CUUUCAAGAUGGACGCUUCGCCUCGAUAGGUUUCUGUUUCCUUUUCGAAACCGACGCGAGUAUCACCGAGUCUCUAUGCGAGGAAGCAUGUGGAUGACUGAGGGGCUUCCACGAGUAAACGGACACGUCGUUUGUGAAACGAUAAAAGUGAACCUACGUGGAUAUUUUUUGUUUCUACGGCGUUGAGGACUGAAGGCUUUUUUUCUAACUUCCUGGUUGUCGUGUUAAUAUGUCUGUUGCAACUGCGGCGAAAGCUCCGGCGACUUUGAGAGUUUUUUUUUACACGGGAUACAUGGGAUUUAAUUAUCGAAAUGUGAUGUUUGAAGCCAGAGAGAGCAGUUUUCAGCGAAAGGCAAAGGGAGGCCGACAGAUUUCAUAAGCAAUGGAAAUUGGGAAUGGUGGUGCCUCGAGUAAAGGUGGCUUGAUACCUGUGCCCGACUCUUCUGACGUCUUUAAAAAUAGUGUCCUGGCUCCACUUCAAAGUGCAUACUUGUAUGAUGAGUCGAGGCAGUUUUUCAGGUACAAGUCUGCUGUUUUGGUAAAGAAUCCAACUCUGGAAAGAAAGUACAAUGCCUUUCGAGCAAAAAGGAGAGAAGCUGGGUACUCAGAGGAGGAUCUAGAGGAGUCCUAUGGCUUUUUGCUCUUUGACGAUAUCAACAAGGCUAAUGCACUCGGAGAAACUGGUGUGCUCGCUGGGAAUAGCACAUGUACAACUCUGGGAGAUCCCUCUAAAGGUGUUUACAUAUCAAUGUACUCUGAUUGUUUGGAUCUAAAUCGCUGGUAUCAUGGGAAAUCUGGGUACAUCGCCAUCAUCAGGCUGACAAAGGGUAAAGUUAAAAAGGUUUCAGAAAACUAUACCCAGAAUUUCACAGCACCCACUGUGGGGUUUGACUGCCAUGUGUCUGAACAGCUCCCUUCAGUAUCUGCACAAACCAGCUCCUUUCUUGCCUUUGAGAGAACCCAGUGUUACAUGUAUGAGCUGCUAGAUGAUGCAAGCAAUGCUACAGCCCGGUCUCCCAGUGCGGCCUGUCCAUUUGCUAUUUUAUCAUUUUCAUAUACGGAUACCAAAGCAACAAUAGCACCACCUCAGGAGAAAUGCGACGAGAAAAAAGCAGUUUUUCAUUACUUGCCUUGGAGAGGUCAGCUUGAGAUUGGCAGCCAGUUAUACAAUAUUGGGCUGAGGUCUACAACAGGGGCCUUAAUACCUGCAAAGCUCCCACCAGUGGUGAAAGUUGACCGGGCGAUUUCUAUGUUAGAUUUGCGACAGCUGUUACCAAAGGCUGUUUUUGAAACCUGCUUCGCUGGUGAAGCCUUUCUGGAUGGCUUAUACUGCAGUCUGUGUGAGUUGGUUUCGACUGAGGCAGAAGAAACCAACUCACUUGCUCAGCUUGUGUGGGAGAUCAGAGAGAAGGAUCUUGCUCUCGCUGUUUUGUUGAGUGAUGGUGGAUUUCUUAUCCUGCUGCACUCCUCCCAUUUUCUCACAUAUGAUGAUGCUUGGUCCUGUGCAACUGAAGUCUUGCAAGGCUUGUUUGUGUUUCCAGAUUCUCGAGUUGUAAUGAAAGACACCAAAUUUGGACAGAAGAAGCCUUCAAUGACAUCUGAAAUCCUUCAGAUUCUGCCUGUACUAAGUUAUGCAGAGGGUGAAGUUGAAAAAACGUCCAUCGACCCAAGUGAAGAGCUGUGUGAAGUGUUGGCACAGCAUAUGCAGAGUUACACAGCACUUAUAAAUCCUGGGCUGGCAUCAAGUCCUUCUCGGGAAGUCAGCAUGUUUCCAUUUCAGUAUGAUGUGCCGGAUGCCCACCUGUACUCAUCCCCUGAAUGGUCUGAUAGAGCAAUGCAGAGCUUCAAGUCAUACCUGAGCAGACCAGUCUCCUUCCAACUGCCAGUAUCCAGAGCUUCAGAAAUCCUGGCAGCUGGACAAGAGGAACGGAGGAGAGAAGAUCUUGAUGAUGAUGUCUAUAUCUGUAUAUCGUCUCCUGAGGAGGCACCUCAGGAGAUGAUAGAUCCUGUUAGUACAGUGUUGGAAGACACAUUAUCAGACCUGAAUUCUCCUGAAACUGUUGAGACAUCUGUGGAGAAUGGUAGAAGUAGUCCUGGAGCACAAGAUGACUUAACAGUUGUGCCUCGUAAUGUGGUAACAAAUGAUUUGCAACCCGGACAUCUUACCAAAGACAAUGAAAAAUGCAGUAACCUCAGUGAACUGAACAAAACUGAGGGGGUAAAUAAUGUCACCCCUCCUACAUCAGAUGACCUUCCUGCAGAGCUGAUUGUCAGCAUCACUUCUGCGGAACAGAGCGUCAGUGAUGAGACUCUAAAUCUAAGAGCAAAAUUACAGGCAGCAGAAGUAAAUUCUCUCUGUGAUGAGACUGACUAUACUAAAAAGCUUUUGGAUAUCCCCAAGGUCACCAGUUUUACAGGAACAAAACUCAAAAUGCACACUAGGCUUUCCAAGGGAUCGAAUAAAGUAUCUAAAGCUUCUGUUGAGCCUUCUAACUUGCAAACAGUCAAAACACCAGUGGAGGUUGACAGUGUAAACAUUCAGAAGGAUGAACACACCAAGGACUUGUCAGAUCACCCACAGCUGCGUAAUCCUUCAAAUUGGAGGAAAUUACAAAGGCGUAAGCGCAAAUGUGGGAAACUGUCUACAAAAAGUAGAAAACUAAGGUCAGGUACUGUUGCAUUACCUAUAGCAGAGGAGAAAAAAACAGACCCUGGGUUGCAGAACGUCGAAAGCACAAUUUUAGUGGAGCUUGAGGUUUGUCCUUUAAGAAGGAAAACAGAGCGCUGGGAUCUAAAACCAAUCAUCAGUGAAUGUGGAAGAAUCUUGGUUCCUCAUGGCGCUACGGACUUUACUGAUCAGAUUACAUUUUUGAAGGAUAAGCUCCAGGCUACAAAAAAUGAGCAGUCCCCUGAAAAAACUUUGCUUGAUGCCCCAGUGGAUGCUGAUGAUACAGUCAAAUUGGAUCCAGAGUCUUGCACUGCUCCAGAGACAGCAGUGGAAGAAAUGGAGGCUGCAGAGAGCGUGGAUGGUGGGAAUGAUCUUCAGAACAUCACUGCUGGUGAUGUUAAUCCAGAGCAGAACAUUUCAAAGCAGCUGGAUAUUGUCAAUAGUUUAUUGCCUUUGAAUCCAGAGAGUAAUUCCUCAAAGAAUGAGCACACAGACACUCUUCCCUCACAAGCAUUUCAGGAAAAACACUCUGAUAACCUUUCCCCUGAAAAGAGUCCAACUAAGUGUGAAUUUUUGUUGAGGAAACUAAAAUCAGUACUUUUAAAAGGAAAGAGAAAAGUAGAUCUUGUGACAGGGAACACAACUCCAAAUACUCUUCAAGACACUGAGCCUUGUCUCAAGAAGAACAAAGAAGUGGACUCUGAGACUGAAGUCUUGAAGUCUGAUACAAAUACCUUGAGCACCGAUGCUGCUGUCAAGGAAGUUCCAAAGAUGCUGCCAGUUGAUCUUCGGUUUGCAUUUGCCCUUGGCCUGACCCCUAAAGUGAUACCAGAGAAGGUGACGAAAACAGAGGAUCGGGAUACUCCGCAAAAGAUGGACCCAACAAAGACGCAGGAACAAAUGAUUUCAGACAAGCAAUCUCAAAUCAUACAUAGGCCUCCAUCAAUUUUUACAAGACGUGGGAGGAUAAAAACACUCAAGAAGCAUCAAAGCAUCUCAGCAGAAUGCAUCAAAAAGAAAUGGUGGUUGCAUUUUCAAACUCCAGCUUGUUUUGCCAGUGAAAAACUCAAAUACAAAGACAGUACUAGUGAUAAUUCUGUCAGGAAGACUGAAAAAACAGUGAACAGUGCUUACUCAUCUGCAGAUGCUUUGAACUUGCUUGCUGACUUGGCACUCAGUGCCAAUAAUGACCAGGUCCCUCCACAACCAAAACCAUCAUUUGAGAGAAAACCUGAGACAAGUUUGAAGAAGUCUGACCUUAAAAAAGAACUUACCAGUGCUGAACAAGAAUCAGUUCUCCAUGCUCUGCUUAGACAGCCUGCUCCUAGAGCCGCUGAGCCUCAUGAGUCUCCUGCACCAAGCCACCUUAUAUGUGAAUUGGUUGGUUUGGUAUCUAAAGAACAUGCUUACUCAUUGCCCCCGUCUUCCUCUCUACUAUUGGGUUUGCCAGGUACAUCCCCUGUAAGCGAUUCUCCUGGACUGCUGCACCAUGACCAGCCAAUGUCUGGAAUUAAAACACUACAGCCUACUGUUGAUCAAGAGGACAGAAGUGAGCACAAUAAGACACCAGAAUAUCUGAAAAAGCGCAUGGUGCGCAAGCAAAAGUUCCGAUACUCUCGUACAUUUGUUAACAAGGAAGGAUCUAUAAAAGUGACAAGACACUGGCAAGAAAACUAUGACUUUAAUCUAGACAGCAAGUUUACAAGUGAUUCUAAGGACAAAACUAUCAUCAGAGCUUUGCAUGGGCCGUGGGAUUUCUCCAUUCAAGACACUAAUGAAGAGGUGCGGCUAAUCGUCCACAUGUGGAUAGGCUUGUUUUACAGCCGGUCAACGCCCCGGUUCUUUCAUGUUGAGCCAAAUUUUUCAUACCUCAGCUUAGAAGAGAGUGAUUCUGUGGAAAUGGUAUCCACUCCAGCUAGGUAUGAUCAUUUGGCCACUGCGCUUGCUUCUGUCCCAAGUUUAACAGAUACUUCAGACCCUUUGAAUUCAACAGCUUUGGACCUCAGCAAAAAAGAUGAGGACCAGGAUUCUGUGGUCUUGGAUUUGUCACUGAGAAAUUCCAGUGCCUGUUCAGAGUCUCUGACUUCACCACCACAAGUCAACAAAAAGGGGACCUUUGAUUCAAGUGAACAGAAAGAACCCAGUGAAACACUGAACUCUGUAAAGUUACCGAGACAGCUUUAUGAGCAUUCUGGAAAGAUGGUUAAUUCCAAAGUGAAUCUCACUGACAUGAUAAAUGUCAAAAAACCCCAUGAAGGUGAGAAGACUAGUACUCCCAGAAAAACACUCUGCCUGCAGAGCACUGAUAUACCAUCUUUUGAAGAUGAUGAGAAAGUCAUUCCUCUUCAGAAGGUAACAGACUGUGCAUCCAUCAAGCCCGAUGCUCCUUUGGCAGCAUUAGGAAUUGGCCAGGUGUUACAUGGAUGCAAUGAAGAGAAGACAAAUAAGAAAGAGGGCACUGAAAAUUCAGGACCUAAAGAGAGGAGUUUGGUGAAACAAGAUGUAAUGGAUUCAUUCAAAUUUGUGAAACAUGAAAAGAAUAUAGAAGCAGAAGAUGUGGUUCAGACAGAUGAGCAUGAAAAAAAUAAAUCAAAAAAUUUGGCAAUCUGUGAAAGGAAAGAAGACCCAUGCCAAAAAGGUAAUGCAGAUCCAUCUCAGAAAGUGGCUCGUGCAGCUGAUGAUUCUGCAAAAGGAUCAGAUAUCUUAUGCAAUGGAAAUUGUUUAGAAAGUGAGAAGCUCUUAUCAAGGGAGGAACAUAAAGCAGUCUCACAAGAACAACACAAAAGUUUUAAAGGAGUUCUGGUCCGUGGUCCAAAAUACAAAGGGGAAGUGAUGAAAGAUGACCCACUUGACGAGAAAGAUGACUGCAUUUCUGCUUUAAAAGCUGACAAAGAUUUGGCUCAUCAGCCACUACCUGAAAAGUGUAAUGGCCCAGACUUGGUAAACCAGAACUUCAUUACACAGAGUAAUCAUCAAGCACAAAUGAAUGAGCAACCAUCAUUAACAAACAACACCAAAGAUGCCUGCCAUGACUUACCUGAUGCUAACAUGCUACGUUCAGAUGCAUUGGUACACGACUAUUCUGUUUCAGAAAAGGUUUCUCAUACUCCAUUUGGAAUUAAAUCUGUGAAUACUGAAUCUGCAGCUGACAUUUCAAAAAAGGCUAGAAACGAGGCACUUAAAACGGCAGUAUUUCCUCUGUCUACACCUCAGACAAAAGACAAUGUUGAAAUGAAGAGCCAAAACAAAGAAAGGUCAGACUUCAGUACUGCUCAAAGUGAUCAUGAAGAUCAAGACAAUAAGUCAGCAGAGGAAGUGUUAAAGCAUGACAAAGAGCAAUUUCAACACCAGCCUGAUUCCCCUCAGUGUGAGCUUCUAAAAGCAUGUGAGGCACAAGUCUCAUUUACUAAAGAAACUGAUCUCAGAACAGAUGAAACAAAUGGGGCAUUGGACAAAAAUUGCACUGGAGUUGAAAUUCCUUUUAUUGGAAUUAAAUCCUCAGGAGAGAAUACAAUACGGGCAAAGGAUGACAAUGCAGCUGACAAACAAUUCCAGCACCAGCCUCAUUCACUUAGGUGUAAGGUUCCAAAAAUAUCUGAGGCACACUUGGGAUUUAUGGGAAAAACAGAUGUUAGAAUAGACAAAACAAAUGAGGGAAUGGACAAAAGUUGCACUGGGGUUGAAAUUUCUUUUGUUGGAAUAGAUAGCCCAGGAGAGGAUACAGUACAGGUAAAGGAUAACAAUGCAGCAGACAAACAAUUCCAACAUCAACCUCAUUCACCUCAGUGUAAGGUUCCAAAAAUGCGUGAGGCACAAUUGGCAUUUACGGAAAAAACAGAUGUCAGAAUAGACAAAACAAAUGAGGGACUGGACAAAUGUUGCACUGGGGUUGAAAUUCCUUUUGUUGGAAUAGAUGGCUCAGGAGAGGAUCAAGUACAGGCAAAGGAUGACAACGCAACUCACAAAAAAACAUUUCAACACCAGAGUCAUUCACCUCAGCAUGAGUUUCCUAAAAUAUUUGAAGCACAAAUGACAUCUACUAAGGAAACUGAUCUCAGAACAGAAGACACAAAUAAAGCAUUGGACAAAAAUUGCACUGGGGUUGAAAGUCCUUUUACUGGAAUAGAUAGCCCAGGAGAGGAUACAGUACAGAUAAAGGAUAACAACGCAGCUGAUGAACAAUUCCAACAUCAGCCUCAUUCACCUCAGUGUAAUGUUCCAAAAAUGUGUGAGGCACAAUUGGCAUUUACGGAAAAAACAGAUGUUAGAAUAGACAAAACAAAUGAGGGACUGGACAAAUGUUGCACUGGGGUUGAAAUUCCUUUUGUUGGAAUAGAUGGCUCAGGAGAGGAUACAGUACAGGCAAAGGAUGACAACGCAACUCACAAAAAAACAUUUCAACACCAGAGUCAUUCACCUCAGCAUGAGUUUCCUAAAAUAUUUGAAGCACAAAUGACAUCUACUAAGGAAACUGAUCUCAGAACAGAAGACACAAAUAAAGCAUUGGACAAAAAUUGCACUGGGGUUGAAAUUCCUUUUGUUGGAAUAGAUGGCUCAGGAGAGGAUACAGUGCAGGCAAAGGAUGACAACGCAACUCACAAAAAAACAUUUCAACACCAGAGUCAUUCACCUCAGUGUGAGUUUCCUAAAAUAUUUGAGGCACAAGUGACAUCUACUAAGGAAACUGAUCUCAGAACAGAUGACACAAAUGAGGGAUUGGACAAAUGUUGCACUGGGGUUGAAAUUCCUCUUAUUGGAAUAGAUAGCUCAGGAGAGGAUACAGCACAGGUAAAGGAUUACAGUGCAACUGAUGAACAGUUUCAACACCAGCCACAUUCACUUCAGUCUGAGGUUCCAAAAAUAUUUGAGGUAAAAGUGCAUUUUACUAAAGAAACAGUUCUCAGAGCAGAAAAAAUAAAGGAGGGAUUGGACAAAGGUUGCACUGGUGUUGAAAUUCCCCUUAUUGGAAUUAAAUCCUCAGGAGAGGAUACAGUACAGCCACAUGGUUCACUCCCACAUGAUGGGGGUGAAGAAGUGGUACAAAGUCAGGAAGAAAUUCCAUUCAUCAGUGACUCUAGUGACCCAAAAUCUGCCCUGCCCAAUGAGGUGCAUAGUACAUCUCAGGAAUGUAGUAAACAAGCAAAACCUUGCAAAAUAUUACUUGAUGUAAAUGAAAGGUACCGGCCAGUAGACUUGGGAAGUGAGUCAGACAACAGAUGCCCUACUCCAACUAUAGAUGAAAAACCACAUGGGUGUCUACCUAGGUCUAGUCCUAGCAGUAGCACCUCUGCAUUUAGUGGAACUGAAACUGCCAAAAACCUUAAUCAUAAAAGCCUUAGCACAGUCUCAGCACCUGUAAAUGGUGAGCUACCUUGUGAGCAAAAAAUCUGUCACACUUCUAUUUUUAACACUGAUUCUAGCCCUCACCAGGUUUUUCAUCCUGAUCUUGAAGUGAGGACUCUAAGAGUUUUACAAAGUAUAGACAAGUUCCUCUCCAUAUCAGACUACACUGACAAAUCCUGUCAGAUCCAAACACCUAAGAUGAAAGACUCUGUUGAUCAGUCUCCUAACCCUAGUAGCAAAUGUAUCCCCAGUUCCUUAUCCUUUAAGGACAAGAAAAUAGGUAAUAAUAAGCCAGCUGCUGUGCCAGCUUCUGUCUCACAAGAUCUACGCAAAGACUCAUCAGAGCACCUUCUUGUAUCACCUUUUAAAAAUAAAUUGGAGGAAGUGCUUGGUGUCAAGUUGCAUCUAAAGAAAACUGACUCAGCUCCUCUAAACUAUUUUGAAAGAGUCAAUAUACAAGAAAACUCUGUAGGGCAGGAUAGCCAUUCCUACAGUCCUUCCUCUACUGAGUUGUUGCAAGUGAUUAAACCAAGUUUAGACCCAGAGAGACCUAAAUCAACAUUGCAGUCCAGUAUAAAUCAUGAACCCCGUCCAUUUAGUCAUCGCCCUGUCAUGGCUGUUAAACCAUCAAAGAAUGAUGAAAGUCAAGCAGAUUUCUUUUCUAUAGAUGUACACACUAAAAAGCCUCUCAAAAGCAAACCACCUAAAACCCCUAGACUGGCAUAUAGCGUGCCAAAAUCCAUUCUCUCAGAGAAGAGGACAAAAGAAAAAUCAAGAAGACAUUCUGAAAGACUUGAUGAUAACCAAGAGGCCUGUCAACUUUCCUUCAAAAAUACCUGGCAUCCAGAUGUUGAUAAUAGUAAAUCAAAUUCAGUUGAAUCUAAAUUUGGCCUUCUAGAUUUGUCAUAUCAGUGCCAGAGAAAGGAUAUUUCAAAAUUCAACACAAUCCCAUCAUCAUCACCAUCUGUGCAAUCUUCUGAAUCUGCAGAAAGUUCCUCCAAACUUGUUGAUGGAGUUCAGUGUAUCUUGGUAAAUGGUUCAGUUGAGAAAGAUGAGCAGACUGUUAAAAAGAGUAUUGAGAUGGAUCUCAAAGACUCCUCCAGUGCAUCAGCUUCAUUUAUGAGUCAGAGAGAUGACAGCAUAGAUGAAAGUAUGAUCUUGGGACCUCAAAGCUCACUUGUAUGCACAGUCUAUAACAACAGCCACAAGAGAUCCUACUCUUUUCUGGAGCAAGUUUCUCAGCGGUGCCUACAGGAUGAUCUCACUCAGGCAUCAGUUGAACAAGAAUGCCUCAUUUUCUCAGAACAAAUGAAACAAGUUUUGAAAAAGAGUGAGAGGUGGUCCAUCCACCAAGAGGACAUUCAUGACAAUAUAAGGCCGUCUUGCAGCAGUCCUAUGACUAUCAACUUCUCUAAUCUAGAUGAGCAAGAGGAUUCACUGGACCAGUUAGGCGCCUCUCUUAUUGGACAAAAAAUCAAGGUGGACCUGUCCGACAGGAAUGACUCGACAGAAAAAACUGAAGAAGAUAUGUUGCGUCCUGGAGAACAAUCUCAGGGCAAAGAUAACAGUGUGGAACAUGACUGGGUUUCUGAUGUGACUGCAGAAUGUGCCAGACUGUAUGAGGCAAAAAUGCAUCAUGUUUGUGCUUUCAAAAACGUCUCCUCUAGAGCCAAACAUUUCCGAAAGAAUUACACAAAGACUGAACCUGGUAACCAUUAUGACUUCUGUGAUCAAAUGAAGAAGGAAAUGGAUAAAACCUUUCGGACUAAUCUCAAUUCAGUUGUGAAGAAGUCCUGUAGAACAAAGUAUAGGUUCUACAUAUUGGCAACGUCAGAUGAUGUCUUCUUUGAGCAAACCAAGGCACAGUUAGAGGCAGAGGGCCACACUGCUAUACAGCCAUCUGAUUUCUUUCUUGGUGAGGAUAGUUCUUCAUCUUCAAUCAUCAUCAUCAGGAAUGAAGACAUUGCUGAGCAUAUUUGUAAGGUCCCACAUUUGCUUGAGCUGAAGAAGUCACCGAGUGUGCAGUUUGCUGGAAUUGAUGAACCAGAUGAUGUUGUGAAUCUCACGCAUCAGGAACUGUUCACACAGGGUGGUUUUAUAAUGUUCAACAGAUCAACACUGGAUGUCCUCAGCCUUUGCAAGAUGAAGAAGGUGUCUGAAAUCUUGCUAGAACUCAGCAAAAUGGGAAAGUGGAAGUGGAUGCUGCACUACAGAGACAGUCGUCGGAUAAAGGAAAAUGCAAGGCUGAGUGCAGAGGCAAAGGAAAAGAAGCACUUUCUAUACUGGGGCCAGGACGCUGGACUCCUGGAGGUCUUGCCUUACCAUGAAUGUGACCAGAUGUCAAAAGAUCAGCCUGACUAUCUCACAUGUUUGAUGCGCCUGCAGGUCCAGAAAAUAUCAUCUCGUUACCCUGUUUUUAUAACCGAUGCAGCAGUGGACAGCGGCUUUGAGAAAAAUGGGAUUUUAACAAUGACUUCAAACUCGUUCUUAACAAAGCCUUUAAGUGAGAUGUUUACAGUGUGACCUUUAAAAAAAAAAAAAAAAAAAAGUCAGCUGGACGAACUAAUGUUUUGCUAAUUGAAGGACGUUCAAAAACUCACUAAAUGUGAGUACAACUGAGUAAGAUACCAGUAAUUGCUAUUGAAGGCCUACUACAUCUUGUUACUCUUCAAUAUAGCUGGGGUUUGUAUGCAACAGCGAUUAUUGACUUGUGUUUUUUUUCCUCUUUGUUCACAUUGUUCAUACAUAAACCUAGUUUAUCAUUCAGUUUCUGGAUAGAGUGGCGCUAGAGCCGCUAGGCCAACAGCUGUGCUGUGAGUUGAUUUUUUUUUUUUGUAUCAUAUUUUCAUUGUAAAUUGUGUUGUAAACCCGGUUUAAAAAGUGAGUUUUACAUUGUUACUGUUUUAUCUUUUCCUUACACUUCUGGCCUUAUACAUUUGCAGCACAAUCAGAAUAGUGUUUGUUUGUUGGGAGUCUGUUUAUUCAUGGCUUCAGACAGAAUAGCUGUGAUGGCUGGAAAAGCUCACGUUCUAUGUUACAUAUUUAAUUAAACACAUGUACAGUGUCUCAUAACUCACUACGGCAUUUUGACUUUGUUAGUAAAUGCUAAGUAUCUUUAGUUUUGCUUGAAUUCUGUACAGCAAGCUGACUGAAAAUAAAGAAAUUUCAUUCAUGUUUUUUCUUUAAAGAACUAACACGUGAUGGUCCAGACUUCUCACACUACAUUAAUGUGUUUCCCGCAGCAAUAAGAACCUCAGCACUGUGCCCAUGUUGAGGAAGAGUUUGGCUUCUAUUUUCCUGUAAAAAAAAAUUAGUCAUCUGUCUGUACUAAAAUAAAAAUAUUUACUUUUCUAAUGAAAAUCAA